CCACCAAUCAGUUUGCUUACCAACACAAGUCUGGCAGAGAACUUGCACCUCUCCUCAUCGACAAUUCCUGCAUGGGUGGGCGUUUCCAUUUACUCAGCAAGGAGCUUUUCCUGUCGUCGGUCCCUGGGGCUCCGCCUACAGAUGAGGAAUGCAAGAAGUUCAAGACACCAAGUCUCACCAAGAAGAUGUCAGAGCAUGCUAUCUACCCAGAAUUGGGCAUUGUCAUGAAAUCCGUGCUUGAUGCGGCAAAAUGUACCAAGCUCCGCUUUCUUGACACCGCGAACCACAAGGCCGCAGACGGCAACAAUGACAGCAAGGCCACCUUCAACGACGGUGGCAUUUAUAUCGACAGCGAACUCGCCCGCGCGGCCACCGACUUCACUUCCGAGCAUCGUGGCCGAAGCCGCAUGAAGCGUGAGGAUCUCGAUCGUCGCCAUCUCGGGCUACGUUCUUGGCACUGGAUGGACAUUCCCUUCGAAGUGAAAGGGAGGGCAGAGAACGCGGCCUUCUACUUCAAAGGCAAACCUCCGGGAUAUAAGGCCACAGCCAACGCUCGAAACGCAUCUCGGCCAAUGAAAAGCGCGAAAGGCUCGGAGCAGGUCACGGUGGAACGUGAGAUCGCCGUGGAGGAUGGUUUGAACAAGACUGGGGGCGGAGAGGAAGCUGGACAUGCAGACGAAGACGGUGACGGCGAGGCUUACGGUGUCUCGACGCAGGCUCAAGAGAAGUCUACUGCUAGCGGGACCCGUUCUGCCCCCGAGGUCAAUGCUACGGGUACCGCCUCCGACCCUCAUGCGGGAGACAACCCCAACGACCCGAUCAAGAUCAAAGUCCCUCCGUUCGUCAGGUUGUCUAAAGAGGGAGAAGAAUCUCUCGGACAGUUCAUGGAGUACAUGCUCAACGUUCAGAAGUACCAGCACCGCACCUUCUGCUACGCCGUUUACGUCUGCUACGAUAUGGCUCGACUGUUCUACUUCGACCGAUCUGGCGCGUUCGUGUCAGAGCCGUUCGAGUGGACCGAUCAGAAUUCCCUCCUGCACCAGUUUGUGUGGAAGGUUGCGAAGCUCGCCAACGCCGGACAAUUCGGGGACUUGGGCCACGACCCUACUGCCACGCUCGUCACUGAUGGCCUCGCGCGGGACAAGUUCAUGGCACUGAAAGACGACCCCAAACUCCCAGCUCAUAUCCGGGAAGGGUUCGAAAAGGCCAUUGCGCACAACUGUCCUAUCUACGAGCUCCAGAUUCACUCCCUUCCCCCAUUGGCAGAUGAGUGGUUUCCCGACGAGCUGUUUCCUCCGUCGAGAGAAUCAGCUAGCGCAUCGCUGGGGGAUGCUGGCUGUCUUUCUUCUGAAAGCACGCCAUCGUCAUCGUCGAGGGGCCCUGCCCAUCUUCCGUCCGUCAAGCCUGUGCCACGCCGUUUUCUCGUCGGGCGUCCUCACUUUGCCGCUGAUGCGCUGGUCGGACGGUGUACGAAAGGCUACUACGCCUACGAUGUCACAGAUGACGACGAGAAGAACUGGCGUCACUGCUUCCUGAAAGAUUCGUGGCGCCCGUUUGUCCCUCACCGCACCCGCCCGGAACAUCUUGUGUACGAGCGACUGCGCCGUCGCGGUCUGACUGAGGGCAUCGGGACUUUGAUCUGCGGAGGAGACGUCGAUGGCCACAGAGCUCAGCUGACACAGGUGCAGAGCCACCUCCCACCUGAGAACCAGCCUGUUCCCCGGGCCCACUAUCGGGUCGCCAUCAAGGAGAUUGGCUUGCCCGUCGAUAAAUUCACUAGCUUCCCCGAACUCUCUGCUAUAUUCGCAGACGUAAUUAAAGCUCACCAUAGAGCAUGGAGUCGGGCCCAAGUCCUUCAUCGAGACAUCAGCAUAGGCAACAUCAUGAUACUUCCGGCUCCCGAGAACUCCCCAAAAAGUCGAAGGACCGGUUUCCUUAUUGAUUGGGAUCUUUCACGCUUAGAAUGCGAACUGGGGAAUGGUCCAGUGGAACCUGACCGUUCGGGGACAUGGCCGUUCCGUUCUGCGUUGUCCCUCCAGUACCCUUGGAAGCCAUACCGGCGUUCUGACGAUAUCGAAUCGUUUGUCCAUGCAUAUCUAUACCUCAUCCUCCGCUACCACCAAACCAGUGUCACGUCCCUCGGGGGGAUGGUGAAGGGGCUGUUUGAGGGUGUAUCCUUGAGGAAAGGGAUCAAGGUCGGAGGCGAUGUGAAGCUGUCCCUCUUUGGCAAGAUGCGUUUCUGGGUAAUCUCCAACCCCGAGCUCCAACAGCUGCUCCAAAACAUGAUCAUGGGCUGCGCAGAAUCUUACGACAAAAUCGACUUAGUUGCGAUGGCGCGGUUGUAUGGCUUCCAACAAUCCGAGGAGACGCCUCCCGACAUGGCACACGCCACAGACCUCACUGGUCUCGAGCUCGACGACGAUAUACCAUGUGCGGAGGACAGCGAUAUCCGCCCAACCAAUACGACUCUCGACGCUGGCGUGGAGCCGGGACCGGACCAGGAUCCUUGCAUCGUCAAGGGUUUUCUAUCAGAACCUGGAGGCCUGGUCAAACUCUUCCUCGCCCACGCGGCAUGCAAACGUCUCGACAAGGACAGCGAUCAGUUCCCGGCGAGGAAACACGAGGACGUUUACGAAGGCCCGAUCAGUUCAUUGAAUCGCGGUAUCGGAUCCAUUUCUACGACGGGGAGCUUCCUCUCCUCUCCCAUGUCACUGGAGCUCUUUGGAAUUCCCUCUGGUUCGAUGUUUGCCUCCAGUCAUGGAUUGAGCAGUGUCUCCGAUACCUCGACAUCCGCCGCACAUUCGGACUCCAGGAAGCGUUCACGGUCUCUAGAGGAGCCUGUUGCAGGGCCCAUCGAAGCAGAAGGACCGGAGUCGGAGCCCCCGGCACGUCGCUUCAAACGCCUCAAGAAACUCUUGACUCGGGGCAGGAAGUAGGCCAUGAGUUAGAGGCGCGAUUUGAUAUGAAGAUCUCCUAUCAUACACUCCACUCUAUUCGUCGUGAUAUAUCGCUCUAGUAGAAACCAAUCUGUUGCCGUGUAC